CGCGGACGGACAAAAAAUGUUUUCGGUGUCUCCAUCUAGUGGUGUUACUAAAAAUAUGUAAAGGGCGAAAUUCAAAGUUCACUACCACCUUACAAGGAAGCGCAUGCUUUAUCUAUUGGUAUCAGGUUGGUCUUGAGAAGACACCGUCUGUGGAACGACAACAACAAGAUUUUUAAUUCUCGACUAUUAAAAUGGCAGAGGCUUUGCUCAGAGAUCACGAACAGUACAGCUGCUCUAUAUGUCUGGAUCUGUUGAAAGAUCCUGUGACAAUUCCCUGUGGACACAGUUACUGCAUGAACUGUAUCAACGAGUGCUGGAAUAUGGAAGACCAGAGAGGAACUUGUAGCUGUCCGCAGUGCAGGCAAACCUACCAUUCAAGGCCUUCUCUUAACAGAAGCACAGUACUUGCUGAAAUAAUGGAGACAUUGAGGGACACAGCACCGCAAGUGUCAGAGUCUGUUCUAAGUCUUCCUGGACCUGGAGAUAUUGGAUGUGAUUUCUGCAUUGGAAGAAAGUUCAAAGCUAUCAAGUCUUGUUUGGAGUGUCUGGCCUCUUACUGUGAAGCACAUGUACAGCCCCACUAUAAUGUUCCUGCCCUGAAGAAACACAAGCUGGUCAAAGCUACUAUCAUGCAAACAUGCUCCAAACAUGACAAGCUCUUGGAGGUUUACUGUCGUACAGACCAGAAAUGUGUCUGCAUGCACUGCUUAAUGGAUGACCACAAAGGCCACGACACAGUGCCAUGUACAACAGAACGGAAUGACAAACAGAUAAAACUAGCAGAUAAUCAGACGAAACUCAAGCAGACAAUCCAGGCAAAAGAAAAAGAGCUGCAGACGAUGAAAAUGGACAUUAAAUCGCAUUCAUAUUCUGCAAAGAAGGCAGUGGAGAACAGUAAGAAAGCCUUCACUGAAUUAGUCCGCUUCAUUGAGGUGAGAAGCACUGAGGUGAUUAAAAAGAUAAAAGCUCAUGAAAAGGCAGAUCUGGAUCAAGGUGCGAAACUACAAGAGAAGCUGGAGGUGGACAUCAAGGAGCUGAAGAGGAGAGAAGAAGUCCUGGAGACCCUUCUACAGACAGACGACAGCAUCAACUUUCUUCAGAAUUAUGAGUCUCUGUCCUCUUCAUCUGGCUCGGAUGAUAUCCCCAGUCUCUCUUUUAAGCCGUGCUGCUCUUAUAUGGAUGCAAGCAAACUUGUGUUUGAACUUAAAGAGCGACUGGAGACUACUUUCAACCAGGAAAUAAGAGAAACAUCUAAAAAAGUUUCUGAUCUAGUCACAAAGAACGCUCCAGUCGGCAUCAAGGUUGGAGACAGAGUUCGAGUGAAACCUUCUGUUAACACCCCAAAAUAUGAGUGGGGCAAAAUUAUCACACAUAAGAGUGUGGGUUUGGUAAAAGAUAUCAAAGGUGAUGAGAGCUUGGUGGUCGAGUUCCUUGGACAUAGAAACUGGAGAGGAAUUCUCUCUGAAAUGGAGCUAGUCACUGAUGAUGAUGAGUGUGAUCCUUCAACCAUCAAAAUUGGAUCAAGAGUACGUGUGAAAGCCUCAGUUGGCACUCCAGAAUGUGGCUGGGGAAAUGUUAACAAGAAUAGCAUUGGAAUUUUGAAAGCUGUUGAUGGUGAUACAGUGAUUGUGGAUUUCCCAGAUCAAUCUGACUGGACCGGUAUGCUCUUGGAGAUGGAGCUUGCUCCUGAUGAUGACGCAGGGUCCCCCAGUCAUGACUGCUUCAAGAUAGGAAACAGAGUCCGUGUGAGAUCUUCAGUGAAAAACCCUAAACACGGAUGGGGGGAGGUCACUCAGAGCAGCAUUGGUGUCAUUAAAAAAAUUCAGGGUGAGAGUUUGACUGUAGAUUUCCAUGAGCAGAUAGAUUGGAUUGGCUCAGUUUCUGAAAUGGAGCUUGUGGACAGUGCUGGUUCAGAACUCUGUUUAAGCCCUGGAGCAAAGGUCCGUGUUAAACCCUCCAUCAUCACUCCAGUAUAUGGCUGGGGAUGUGUUACCAAGGACAGCAUUGGAGUGGUUUUAGACUUUGAUGACACCAAUGUAACUGUGAACUUCCCUGAGCAGUCUAACUGGACAGGCAUUGUCUCAGAGAUUGAGGCUCUUCCUAAUAAUGACACACUGGACCAUGGAGCAUGUCGUAUAGAUUAACAUUGGUAAAAAAUAAAGAUUAUGGAUGAUAUUCAAGAAGCAUGACGUCGCUAUGUCGCCUGAGACCUGUUCAGUUAAACGUAAAUGCGCAAUACUCAUAAGGAUGGCCUUGUUCUUACACCCUAUUAUUAAUUUAAAAGUUAUGCUAGUAUUACUUUUAUAUACACUCUCUGAACACUUUAUUAGGAACACUACUUUGCUCUUAAAACAGCCUCAGUUGUUUGUGGCAUGAUUUCCACAAAAUGUUGGAAACAUUCCUUUGUGAAUCUGGUGCAUGAUGCACAUAGUUUCUGCACAUUCAUGCUGUGAAUCUCCUUUUCUACCACAUCCCAAACGUGUUCUAUUGGAUUCAGAUCUGGUGACCGGGAAGGCCACUGAAGCACAGUGAACUUAUUGCCAUGUUCAUGAAACCAGUUUGAGAUAACUUUUGCUUUGUGACAUGGUGCAUGAAGUAGCCAUUAGAAGAAGGGUAAAUUGUUGCCAUAAACAGAUGCACUUGGUAAUAGACUUUGGCACUCAAGCAAUUGAUUGGUAUUAAUGGGUCCAAAUGUGCUAAGAUAACUUCCCCCGCACAUUUACACCACCCCAGCCAGCCUGAACUGUUGACACAAGGCAGGUAGGGUCUAUGGAUUCAUGCUGUUGCACCAAAUUCUGACCCUACCAUCUGUGUGCCUCAGCAGAAAUUGAGAUUCAUCAGACUAGGCGUUAACUGUCCAGUUUUGGAGAGUAUGUGCCCACUGCAGCCUCAGCUUUCUUGGCUGACAGAAGUGGAACCUGACAUGGUCUUCUUCUUUUGUAGUCCAGCCGCCUUAAGUUUCAAUGUGUUGUGCACUCUGAGAUGCUAUUUUGCUCAGUACAAUUGCACGGAGGUGUUAUCUGAGUUACCGUAGCAUUUCUGUCAGCUCGAACCAGUCUUGCCAUUCUCUGUUGACCUCUCUCAUCAACAGGGGGUUUCUGUCUACAGAACUGCUGCUCACUUGAUGUUUUAAUUUUUUUUGUUGCACAAUUCUGAGUAAACUCUAAAGACUGUUGUGCGUGAAAAUUCCAUGAGAUCAGCAAUUACAGAAAUACUCAAACCAGCCCGUCUGGCACCAACAAUGCCACAGUCGAAAUCACUGAGAUCACAUUUUUACCCCAUUCUGAUGGUUGAUGUGAACAUUAACUGAAGCUCCUGACCCAUAUCUGCAUGAUUUUAUGCAUUGCGCUGCUGCCACCUAAUUGGCUGAUUAGAUAAUCGCAUGAGUAUGUAGGUGUACAGGUGUUCCUAAUAAAGCGCACAGUGAGUGUAUAUACAUGUACACUACCAUUCAAAAGUUUGGGGUCACUUGCCUGAAAUGUUUCUCAUGAUCUUAAAAACCUUUUACAUGCUGACAUGUUUGAAAUAAGUUUUGUAGACAAAAAUGUAAUUGUGCCAACAUAUUAAUUUAUUUAAUUACAAAACUAAAAUUGUAUUUAAAAAAAAAAGUUUUUGAAAAGUCUUAAGAUGUUUCACAAAAACAUUUGUUUAAGAUGGUUAUUUUAAGUAUAUAUUCAUAGUGUGUCAAUAAGAAACAUUUCUGAACAUUUCUUAUGCAAAUAGAAGUAGUACAAGGAGUUCUGCAACAGUGUCCAUAUCUCAACAUCAUUGAGUCUGGGAGUUCAUGAAGUGACAGAAGUAAUUGAGACCUAAAUACCCAGAACUGUGGCAAAUUGCUUGGAACGACCUUGAAAAUCUGUGCACAAGUGUACCAAGAAGAAUUGGUGCUGUUUUAAAGAUACAGGGUGGCCACACCUAGUAUUGAUUUAGUUUUGUAUGAAGUUUAUUGAUAAAUACAAAUUAUUAAUGAUUUAUUUUUGAAAACAUCCUCACAAUACAAACAUUUUGUGUGUAAAGAUAGAUAGAUAGUUAGUAAAUGGCAUAGUGUGAUGAGGAGGAGGGCCCGGCCAGGCCGUGAUGGUGCACGGCCGGCACUGAAUCAGCCGAUCAGCGGGAGAUCGAGAUAAAGGGGAGCUGGAGGCACCAGUUCGAGAGAGAGACGCACGUGGCCACACUGCAUGUGUGUCUGUGUUUCUUUUAGCCUAUUUCAUAAGUUGCCUAUUGCCUCAGAAUUGUUAUUUCUAUUAAUUAUUGUAAAUAAUUAUUAACAAAAAUUGCAAAUUCUGUAAAAUGUUCCCCCCGUUUUGGCAUGUUUUCAAGGGGAUAAAUAAAAAAAAU